GGUUCUGUCGCCUGCCGUAGUUUAUCAACGCGGAAGCUACAAUGAAUGGCUACAUUGCUAACUGGUAUUAGUGUCUUAUCCUAAAUAUACGUAUAAACAUUGACUGUUUGCUACUUUUUCUGAGAGACGGACAUGUUGCGGGGUAACACGCAGCUUGGCGGGUUGUCCCUGUGAUGCGUGGCAGCUGCGGUCAGCGAGUUGUCCCAUUCAGAUAAGUUAGUUGCUGCGUAAACCACCAUGAGAGUCCGCUCGUCUGUGUUCGCCUGCUUCAUUUUAAUAUUUGAAGUGCUCGGCGUUGCCCUCUUCCUGAGGGGCUUCUUCCCUGUUCCUGUAAAGUCUUCUUUCUCCUCCAAGAGCAAGCUGUCGGAUUUACCCGCGGAGCCGCUGGCAGGAAGCCCUCCCAACUACACCCGCCUGCCCCAGCCCCUGUUCAGGAGGGUCGUCCUCAUGGUGGUGGAUGCCCUCCGAAACGACUUCGUGAUUGGACCCGCAGGGUCCCACAUGCCGUACACCCGGUACCUGGUGGAGAAAGGCUCGUCCCACAGCUUCGUGGCCAAGGCAAGACCUCCCACUGUCACCAUGCCAAGGAUCAAGGCUCUCACCACCGGCAGCAUCCCGGGCUUCAUCGACGUGGUAAUGAACCUGAAUUCCCCCGCCCUCCUGGAGGACAACCUCAUCUGGCAGGCCAAAACGGCCGGCAAGCGCAUCGUCUUCUACGGGGACGACACGUGGGUCCGCCUCUUCCCAAAGCACUUCAUGGAGUACGACGGAACAACCUCGUUCUUCGUGUCCGACUACACCGAGGUGGACAACAACGUGACCCGCCACCUUGACAGCACCCUGAAGAGAGAUGACUGGGACGUGCUGAUCCUCCACUACCUGGGCCUGGACCACAUCGGCCACAUCAGCGGGCCCCACAGCUCGCUCGUCCGACCCAAGCUGCUGGAGAUGGACGACGUCCUGAAAAAGAUCCACAGUUCCCUCGUUUCCAAGGAGGCUGAGGGAUCUUUGCCCUACCUGCUGGUGCUGUGCGGAGACCACGGAAUGACCGAGACUGGCAGCCACGGGGGUUCCUCGGUGCCAGAAGUCAACACGGCUCUGGUGCUCAUCAGUCCAGCCUUUAAAAGAAAAGCGGGAAUGGAGAGGCCCGGCGAGGUGGAGCAGGUCGACCUGGCCCCGACGCUGGCCCUGGGCCUGGGGCUGCCCGUGCCCCAGAACAGCGUCGGCCGCGUCAUCCCCGGCGUGCUGGAGGAGCGGCCGCUGCGGGACCAGCUGCGCUUCCUGCAUCUCAACGGCCACCAGCUCAGCUGCCUGCUCCGAGACAGCACGCCCGACUACCAGAAAGAGGCCGGCUUCGAACAGUUUCGUGUGGCAGAAAAGGCUCAUGGGAGCUGGAUGAAGCUCUACCUGGAAGGAAACACCUCUGAGGUUCUGACCAACAUAGGCAAAAAAGUCCUGAAGCAGUACCUGGAGGCGCUGGCUGCCAUGAGUUCUGCUCUGAGCAAACAGCUGGGCAAAUACGACAUGUACUCCAUGAUCGCAGGAAUGGUGUUUGUGUUCCAGCUCCUGCUGGUCUUACUGCUGGCGAUGCCCGAAGCCCUCAGCAGCGCCGCGGCAGUGGACCUUCCGGUGCUCUCCUCCCUGCUCUCCCUGCCUUUCUACCUCUUGUGCCUGCUCCUCGCCUCCGUGCACGUGUUGGUGUGCACGUCUGCGGAGAGCUCCUGUUACUUCUGCAACCUCUCCUGGGGCCUCGUGUUUGCCGCCGUUGCCUUCUCCUCGGCGAUGUUUUGCAUUCUGAUCUCCAUGGCGACACGGAGGCUCCCGUUCGGACCCGCGGUACAUGGGAAGUCUCCUGUGCGGAGCUCCAGCGGGGAGUGGUCGCUGUCGGAGCUCGACGUCCUGCUGCUGGCCGGAACCAUCGGCCACACGCUCAGCCUGGCGGCGAGCAGCUUCGUCGAAGAGGAGCACCAGACCUGGUACUUCCUGCUCAACACGCUCUGCCUCGCCGUCUUCCAGGACGUGUGCAGGAAGUACUUCAGGGAGCAGAGGGGCUCCGGAGACGAAGAGGAGCACCUCCUUUUGUCCAAGGACAGCCGCUCCUCUGCUCACCCCAAACAGGAGGUCGUCUCGGAGAAGUGGCUGGCGCUGGCCACGCCCCCCUUCACUCUGCUUUGCUGCCGGCUGCUUCGCUCCCUCAACCAGACAGGAGUUCAGUGGGCCCACCUCCCAGAUGUCAGCCACUGGAUCAACAGCUCCGAACAUAAGACGGUCCUGUCCCUGCUGUCCGCGCUCUGCCUGCUCCUCAUCUACCUCCUGGUUCAGAGACGCUGCUCGCUCGUCUCCAAGGUCGCCCUGGCGCUCGGACUCCUGGGCGUCUACAGCUACCGGGCAGCUGUCGGCAGUGUCCUGUUUCCCUGGCAACGCUCCGGCCGAGCUGCGUCCAAGGGAACGGUGGAGGCACGCUUUGUCUACGUCUUCGUCCUGGGCAUCCUCUUCUCGGGCACCAAGGACCUGCUGAGAUCCCAGAUUGUCACGGCAGAUGCGAAGCUGAAGAGCAGGGGGUUGUGGGAGAUUUACAGUGGCCUGGUGCUGCUGGUUUCGCUCCUGUUUCGGGCCCAUAACCUGCCGGUGCUGUGCUGCGGGCUCCUCAUCCAGACGCUCAUGGCUCAGUUCAUCUGGAAGAAGCUCCACUAUGACGCGGCUCAGACCACCAUCAUGCACUACUGGUUUGGCCAAGCCUUCUUUUACUUUCAGGGCAACUCCAACAACAUUGGCACCGUCGACAUUUCUGUGGGCUUUGUCGGUCUGGAAAGCUACAUCGAAGCGCCUGCCAUCUUUUUAACAGCUCUCAGCACUUACGCGGGUCCCCUGCUCUGGGCCUGUCACCUCGUCUGCUACCUGAGCUCGGAGAGAGAAAGGAGCCCGGUCGCCGUCGGCCACGGCUGCUACUGCUUGGCCCUGCUGAGGUCGGUGCCGGCCGCCGCCUACAUCGUCCUGGUGACGGUCCUGCGCUACCACCUCUUCAUCUGGAGCGUUUUCUCGCCCAAGUUGCUGUACGAGUCCAUGCACCUGCUGCUGACCGCGGGAGUGUCUCUCGUCUUCAUCACCAUGGAGCAAAGUCCCGGCUCCAGUAAGUCCUAGUGGGAGGCGAGGCGGGGUCGGACGCAGACCCCUCGGACUGCCGCGGUACAAUCGACUCCCGCUUCUCAUCUCCUCACGCUGUGUGAAUAGAUGUGCUCUCAGUGAUAUAUUUAAAUAUGUUUCUAUUUCUAAAAGAUGGGGGGGAGGGGAAAUGUUUGAGGAUGAAUAAAAAUGUGAUGUAACUUGUGGAAAGAGGCCAUAUCUCUUCCCUCAGAGAUAUGCCGGACUUGGAGGUGCAGAAUAAAAGCGGGCUGUUGGAGAACUUUGAUGUUGCGUUUUCUGGGGUAGCUGCGUGUGUUUACCUGUUUUCAUGCCGACCUGCGUCCUCCGGGCUCGUCCCGACUUAAAACGCAGCGGUCUGAAGUCGAGACUGUCGGUUCCCCCCGGGGCUCCGGACGCUUCUUGAUCAGACGUAAGAGAAACGGAAUCGAUCACGACAGUUUUUCAGUCAAAAUGUGUCCGGAUUCCGGGUCCCGCUGCGUCCUUCACUCCCCAACACUGAUACUGGAUUAUUAAUCUAGCCAGAUAUCCCACUGUGACGGACCGAAAGGGGUCCGCGGUGGAUUCUUCUGGAGUUUGUGCCGUCUCGGGCCUAAAGGUGCAGAGGUGCCGAGGCGAGCAUGAGCGAGAUGUCAGACGGCUUCGGCCUUCGUCCGCCUACACAGAGCUGUAAAAACGGUUCUAAUCAGGCAGCGCUAAUGAAAAUAGCUGCGUGGGAGGAACACAGGAGCGCAGAGUGGGAGUUUUAAAGACACUGCAGUCAUUUCUCUGUAGAAGUUUUUCUAACAUGUAUCACGGAUAAUUGAUUAAACCCCAGUUUUCUUUUGUUUGUUUUUUUUAUUAAUAUUAUUGCAUAAGUUGAGCUUUUUCGGUGGUAAUUGUUUAUGAAGCUCUCUUGGAGAGCAAACAGCUGUCAGAGUUACACUUCUUUCCAAAAGUAUUUAUUCCUCCCAAGCUUUUCAUUUUGUCAUGUUAGAACCACAAACUUCAGUGGGUUUUGUUGGGACUGUUUACUUGUAUUAGGACAGAAGGUGAAACUUGGCUAUUGCGUUUAAUUCCUGCAUAUUUACACUGCCAUGAAAUGCGGUAAUGUUGAUUAAUGUGUACUGUCCAAAUUAAAUUAAUUUCACUUUAUUUUUUCUCCCCUCCAGGGGGUCUUUUGUGGGCUCUAGUGUCCCUUAUAUGACAGCAGGCUGACAGGAAACGGGGGAAGCAGAGGGGGGAAAACAUGCGGCAAAUGUCGUCGGGUCCGGGAGUCGAACCCGCGACGGCCGCGUCGAGGACUCAAGGCCUACAAACGUGGGUCGCACUUUCCCCUACGCCACCACAGCACGCCAUUAAUUCCACAUUUUUAUGCAAUAGACUAACUAGUUUUUGUAAAUUUCCUUCAGAUACAAAUGAAAAAGGUGUGGAAUGCAUUUACCGAAAAGCUUAAUGCUUCCAAAUCCAUAUUUUACACUGAGGGCGGUGCGUUCAGGGUGAUCUGUGGUGUUUGAGAUUACAUCCAUUCUCCUAUCGACCAAAACUUUAAAACUAUUUUGACCUCAUCUGAGUACACCAAUAAUCCAAGGCCACUAUUCACCCAACAUGUGGCUCCCGCUCUGGGGUGAACUUUAGGGUUAACUUCUUGUGGUUAACUCCCAGAUUCUUCCACCUGAGCUGAGGAUUUUUACUGCUCCUCCAGAUAAUGCUCUUCUAGUCUGGAUUUUAUUUUAAGAUUUCACAGGUAAAGUGGGGCUAAAUACCAACUCCAUCUGGACCAAACUUUAGAAACGGUUUAGAGGGCACUAGCCCAGGGCCCCAAUUUUUUGAGGGCACCACUGAUUUAUUUUUGUUUUUUAAUGAAUGCAUGUUUUGCAAACCUUGUACUUUAUAUUACACUCAUUGGCCCAUAUCAGGUGAGUUCUAUUAAUAUUUUUGAGAUUUUUACGAAUAUAAACAAUACGUAUUUGAAAAUUAGGACCAAAACCCUCCCCGGUCCAGAGGCCCGCAUCGUUGUAAAUCUGACCCUGCUUAAAACUGUUAAGAUAUUUAUUUCUUAUACAUUUUGUAAAAGCAUAUAUGAUAUUCGUUCUACUUCAUAGCUAUACAUUUGUUGCUCUGUCUCAUGAAAUCCUUGAAGUUUGAGGCUUUAACAUGACAAAAUGGGAAAAAAUGUUUAAAUGGCAUGAAUACUUUUGCAAGUAUUGUCAACGUCCAAAGGGGGGAAAAGGGUCAUUUUCUGCUUUAUUUUUACGUUAAUCAUUUGUUCUUCAUUAUUCAUUUUUCUCCGUUUGCUAAAUUAACCUGAGUUCUGACUCAGAAUCCGAACCUUUUCACCGAUCUUUGUGUUCCGUCAUGCUCACAAACCAAAGCCAAACCGGCCACCGAGGCGGCUUCGAUCCAAAGCAACGAGCGCAGCGGUGAAACGGUGACGCUCACCUUCAUUCCAAACACCGAUCCAAGUUGCUCACAAAGCGGCCUGAGCGACCCGACCUCUGCCCGUCCUGGAACUGUGUGCAUCGUUUGAGUAAUGAGAGCAGCUGCCGAGCCAAGGAGCAACACACGAAGCAGAAACUAAAACUAUCUGAACUGUUAUUUCUGUUGGCAUCGGUGAUGUGAAGGAACAUCUGCGACUCCUUCAGAGCUCCGCAUUGAUUACAACCUGCCAGCUCUGACAUCUUCCCUCCCCGCCGACCUUUGAGGUCUGAACAAAAAAAAUAGGGAAAAGUAAAGGAUCGAGCUGAAAGAUGCAACAGUUUGCGGCGUUUCACCUACGGGCAGAGAAGCCGAUUGUUCUCACCCUCAACGCUCGUCACUCGGCUUGACAAGCCGCCUGCGUUGCGAAACAGCUUCUCGCCCGAGGCAGGGUUCCCCGAUGCCCGGCGAGCCCGGCCCGCCACAGGCGUCGCGCCCGGGGACGUUCGCCUCGUUUGCUCCUGCGCCGUGUCUGGCUGCAGCUCGGGCCUUUUGUUUUCGCCGUGGCUCACUUUGACUGGGACUGACGGACGGAAUGCAAAUGUCCCUGGAUACACGGCAGGAUUUCCGCCGGAGUUCAGAGAGUCUGCGGCAGGAAGACGCGCUGCAUAUGGAUCACUGUGGGUCGGGUCCUCUCCGUCAGAGGGAAAGGCACGUCCAGCUUGUGAGAGAGUCCGGGAGCUCAAAGUUAAUUUGACCUUUUUCUAAACCGACAGAAUGCUACUGUCAAGUGCCUUUUCCGCUCUUUGGCUCAACGGGGAAUCUCAGCCAGACUUCAAACAAAGUCUGCCAUAAAUAGUUUAUGAGCCAGAAAAUAAUCUACAUGACUCUGAGGAUUAGUCUGUCGGUGCUCGGUAUGCUCCACAUCUCUGUCCGACAAGCUCUGCAUUGUCUUUACAAGCUGAGCUGCUAAUCCACACAGAUGCUACGGAGUUCUCCUGAAUGUGACGUUCAAGGAUAACACCACCAAUCACAUCAGUUACUGUCAUGGCAAACCACUAGCUAGUAGACUAAAGUAAUAGAAAAACCAACAGUCAUGAUGAACAGACUGGUGUCGAACAGUAAAUGUUGUACAUCCUGGUUAUAGAGCAUCUGCAUAAAAUGGGUUGUUCCAGACAUUGUUCAAGAGAACAAACUUUGAUUAAAAACUUAACUGGAGAUAGAAAAGUAUAUAAAGAAAAGCAGAAAACAAUCGACUGCUAACUUAAAAUCAUCUCAGAUGCUUGAAAAAUCCAACCAAAACCAGAAAGACAUGGAAGAAAACUACGAACUGCCAUCCUGGUAAGUUGAAGGGUGUCUGAUCAGUCAAUGAUCAAAGAACAUCUACUGUUACCUGUGAGUUGUGUAGCAAUAGGGAUGCCUCUGUGAACCACAGGUAUCGGUAAGUAGCCCCAACAGAACCCCAUUGCUCAAAACCAAGAAUGGACACAUUGGCAAAGAUGUCAUUGUUUGCCUUGAUGAAAAAAUGGCACAGAUGGUUUGUCAGACAACCAUCUAAUGCUAAAUUUAAAGAGGCAGUACACUGGGAAGAAGGGUUGCUGAGGCAUUUUGGUGUAGGGAUCCCAGUCAGCCAAUGGUCAACGUAAGCUGACAAUUUUAACGUUCGGACCAAACAUUCGCCAAACCUUGACUGAACGUUAACUCUGAACGUUCGCUGUGAAAAAAAUACUUUUAUUGUAAUUUCUUUGAAUUAGUUUUUACAUCUUUUAGACCUUUAUCGUUGAAGGAACAAUGUCUCUAUAUGUUCAUUUGUUGUCAUGCUUAUUUACUGCACAAUAAGGGGUUCUUUAUGCUAAAGAGGAAGUGGCUUCAGAAGUUUCGCAACCUCAAACACACCAGUAAGCCAGCAGCAUCUUGGUUGCAGAUGGAGUUUUUGUUAGCAGAACCAAAUCUCCUCACUCUGGGGAUUGAGUUAGCAGAAGUGGCUAACCCAAUCCCCAGACUUUAAUCCAAAAGAAAACUUGUAGAAUGACAUUAGAGAUGCUGAUUCUGAGGUAAGAACAAGAUAUUGAGGGGAAACUGGAACGGAAAGCAGUCUGUCUGAUUGUCCUGGACUAGAACAUGUUCAGAGUUCAGUGUUUAAGUGGAGAGUUAACUCUUCAAGCAUUUUGCAGACACAUUGGCAAAGACGUCAUUGUUUGCCCCAAAGAGAAAAUGGCGCAGAUGGUUUGUCAUCAGACAACCAUCUAAUGCUAAAUUUAAAGAGGCAGUACGCUGGGAAGAAGGGUUGCCGAGGCAUUUCGGUAUAGGCUUUCGUUGACCAUUGCCUGACUGAAUAUUUGAGUUUAUAAGCCAAAAUGCAGACACUGCACUUUUUCUCUUUUUUUUUGAACUGCCCAACACUCAUUUUUCCCAUGUUUCUAUCGACAGAGAGCAAACGUGAUCAAUUUUCCUUCACUAUCUGUGUUUCUAAUCCACUCGUGAACUUGCAGUGAGCUUGUGUGUGGAAGUUAAAGCUGCAGCACGUAGUUAGAGCGUUACUUAAGUGUUGUUAUUUAGAACACAGCUGCAUGUAUUUUCUGGGGCUGAGAUUGAUUUACUGCUGCGAGACAUAAAAAUGAUUGUUGUUCCAGACCUCUCGGAGGGUUUCUCUGCUGCUGAAGAUGAAUUAUGCUGGAUGGAGUAACAUUCAUCUGCAUCUCAUUAGUGUCGUUGCACUAAAUGAAAAAGAGCCUCGGCUUCGUUUAAUAGAGCCGAGCGGUUCUGUACGGAAGCCGAGCAACCGGCAGUAAUGUUCUUGGGGAUGGAGUUUGAUCUUUAGUGGCGUCUUUAUUUCAGUGGAUUCUGUAUAAAAGGGGCUUUUCCCGAUCGACCCGGUCGUAUUUAUUUUCCAAAGAGCCACAAUGACUGUAAAGUGAGGUUCGCCGAUACGCUGGGCUCGCAGGCGGCAGAUGGAAACUCAACCCGGUGCUUUACAGACGGCCUCUCUUCCCUCUCUACCCUCUCGGAUCGUCCGUAAGCCCCCAUCCGUCUGCAGCGGUGCCGGAAGCCUCGGAUCUGACGGAUCUGACACUCCGUGUGCGAAAUCGCUCCUGUGUAUCUAAAAUACCCAGCAGCCCGUGAAAUGGAUCGGAAUAAUUGUUUCGUUCACAUGGCUGAAAGCUCUCACGCGUCAUGUCGAUGGUCUCUGCUCGUGCUUUAUUUUCUCCUAGAUUCCCUCCUCAGAGGACGAAGCGUUUAUUUCCGUGUUGUUAACCACGAGGUUUGGUUUGGUCUGGUCUCAUGCAGGGCCUCCAGGUGAUGGUGUCAGCUGUACCACAACAAGCAUUUAUGCAAAGCUCUCUUCUUUAAUGAGCAGACAAAAUCAUUUUUUUCUGUCAUUUUAAUAGAAACUAUGCAACUCGUGCUGUUUGUGUGUCGUCUGUCGAUUUGUUUCUGUUGGUUUUACUUGUUCAUCUCAAUAAAGCCGAUCUUUUUACCUACCUCCA